AUGUUCACCGUCCCUUCAUCCAGGCAUCGACUGAACACACGCAGAUUCGCUCCGCCCAAGAUCUUCACAAACGCACUAUUGCAGAACCAUGAUAUCACUAGUCUUAUAAGAGACACGGAGCUACAUGAACGCGCCUUGUUCUCUGUUCCCCCGCCACCUGCACCGCCCAAACAUGCAGAACCCGCCCCGUCGACCAACAGGCGCAACACCAUCUUCAACCCCAACGGCGGCCCAGGCGCCAGCAUAUCAGGAGGUGGUGCCAAUGCCGUGAGAGCACCUAGGCGUAACACGGCUGUGGCUGCUGUGUUGGGAAAUGAACUGGUAGAGAGAAUAAGGAGAGGUGGCGGAGGAGGUGCAGGCUCAGGUUUGGGCUAUAGGAUGUACGAUGGGAAGAAUAAGAACGAGAUUGAUGUUGAGUCGCUACUCGAGGGUGCUGAGAAGCUGCUUGGAGUCUACCCAAUCCCAGGCGCACACGACAAGAUUGCUACACUUCGCCAACGACACGCCCAAGUCAUCGCAUCCGUCGACUAUUACGAGGGCCGCCUCGCCGAACAGCAGACACAACUUGGCAAGCUGAAUCGAUCUCGUGGUGACUACAUGGAUGAGGACGUGGACGAAGCUGAAGAGGCCCCAGAACCCGUCACAGUUUUGACCGAAGAAGAUCUGCGACGAGAAGAGGAAGAGGUUCGACAGCUGGAAAAGAAGAAGAGAGAACUGGAAAGUCGUGUCCAGUCCAUGUCACGAGAUAUAUCAGGUUUACGAUGA